GUUGCUGCUUUUGCUUCCCCCUUGCAUCUGAGUUGAUUGCUGCUGGCCUCUCUGCAGAUAGCAGAAACCAGCUUCUCCAAGCUUGCAUCGUGCUCUAGGAACCAUCUGGGUCUCAAGAACCUUCCCCAUUUCCAACUCCAGGUUGUGACUGCUGACACAUCUGCCUUGUGGCUGACCAUCUCCAGAAUCACCCUACAUUACCCGCUGCCCUCGCUGGAUCUGUUUCCUGUGUUGGCCAUGCCUGGAUGGAGCUGCUUGGUGACAGGGGCUGGAGGGUUUCUGGGGCAAAGGAUUAUCCACUUGCUGGUACAGGAGAAGGAUCUGGAAGAGGUCAGACUCCUGGACAAGGUGUUCAGACCAGAAACCAGGGAGGAAUUCUUCAAGCUGCAGACAAAGACCAAGGUGACAGUGAUGGAGGGUGACAUUCUGGAUGCCCAGUGCCUGAGGAGAGCCUGCCAGGGCAUCUCCGUUGUCAUCCACACUGCUGCUGCCAUUGACGUCUGGGGUAUCAUUCCCAGACAGACCAUCAUAGAUAUCAAUGUGAAAGGUACCCUGAACCUGUUGGAGGCCUGUGUCCAGGCUAGUGUGCCAGCCUUCAUCUACACCAGCUCAAUUGAUGUUGCGGGGCCCAACUCCUACAAGGAAAUCGUCCUAAAUGGCCAUGAGGAACAACAGCAUGAAAGCACAUGGUCUGAUCCAUACCCAUACAGCAAAAAGAUGGCUGAGAAGGCAGUGCUGGCAGCCAAUGGGUCCACCCUGAAAAAUGGUGGCACUUUGCAUACUUGUGCCUUAAGGCCUAUGUACAUCUAUGGGGAAAAAAGCUCAUUACUUUCAGGGAUAAUGAUUAGGGCCAUCAAAAAUAAUGGUAUUCUGAAUGUUACUGGAAAAUUCUCCACAGUCAACCCAGUGUAUGUGAGUAAUGCAGCCUGGGCACACAUUCUGGCUGCCAGGGGCCUACAAGACCCCAGGAAGUCACCAAACAUCCAAGGACAGUUCUACUACAUCUCAGAUGACACCCCUUACCAAAGCUAUGAUGAUUUAAAUUAUGCCCUGAGCAAGGACUGGGGCCUCCGCCCUGAUUCCAGUUGGAGUCCUCCUGUGGCCCUGCUGUACUGGCUUGGCUUCCUGCUGGAAUUGGUGAGCUUCCUGCUGCGUCCAGUCUACAACUACCAGCCUCCCUUCAACCGACACUUGGUCACACUCUCAAAUACUGUGUUCACCUUCUCCUACAAGAAAGCUCAGCGAGAUCUGGGCUAUGAGCCCCUUGUCAGCUGGGAGGAAGCCAGGGAGAACACUUCAGAGUGGAUCGGGUCACUGGUGGAGCAGCACAAGGGAACACUGAACACAAAGGCUCAGUGAUGUGACUGGCGAUGGCGGGAACAUGACCUGGGUGCUGUCAGGAAAUAGUUGUCAGGUUCUCCAGAAGAGACAGAGGCACAACCCAGGUCUUACUGCCUCCCUUUGACACAGAGAUCAACGUAGUGUCUUCCUCAAGACACCAGCAGCUGGUCCCUGACCCAGCCACAGGGUUUCUUCCCUCCACACCUGCCCAGUGACACACAUGUGGCUGUGCCUCAGCUUCUAGUUCCAAAAUAUUCAGCACCUCUUGUACCUUAGAGCUCUCUCCAUUGGCUACAUCUCCCCCACAAAAAGCAUUUCUUACCUUUGGAAAAUUCCCAUUACUUUAUGAAGUGCAAUCAAAGGAGCAAUAAAUAUUUGUUAAUACCU